ACUCCCUCACUCGCCCUGCUGCAAUCACAACCUAGAGAUACUUACUGCAGUGCCAUGAUCCUCCUCCUUUCGUUAUUAUUAGGAACGCUGCUGCAGGAGAGUCAAGGACUACACACAAACCUUCAGUACCAAUAUGACUAUACAGGAACAAUAUCUACUUGGUUGCCGAACGACCCAACGCAGUCUUCUGGAGCGGCGUUGCGUGCAGUCGUGGCGCUGCAGCUGUCAGGGAACGGUGACAUCCUUGUGAAGAUCAACGAUAUCGAAGUAGGCGAGCGCAAUGGCAAGGACGCAUGCUCUCGAUUCAGACAGGAAGGAUUUCCCUAUCGUGAGAUGGAUCCAGAAGACGCGGCCCUCCUGCAGACACCCUUCCUUGUACACGUCAAUGCAUCACAGGUAUCGUAUAUGGAGGUGCCUCCCGAGCCUGCCUGGGUUAAUAACAUCAGGAGAGGCAUCAUCAACACCAUCCCCCUUGUUGUUCUGACGGGCCAACAUCCUUCCCGUCUCUCAUUCGGACUCAAGGAAGAGACUAUGAUUGGCAGCUGCUUCAACUGGUACUCCAUGUUGAAGCUCACUGGCCACCAGGCAAAAGUUGAAAGCAAGAAGUUGGAAGAAGGCAUCGAAGUAGAUGUCCAAAGGGAAGGGAGAGCAGCAAGCCUCACAGCACCUAAGGGGAAAGGCAAGAAAACUGGAGGGCGAAAGAAGUCUCCCGGGAAAACGCGUCCACCUUCGGCUCCUCUCACCGUCGCCCCCAUCCAGGACACUCUUUGGAUACUCACCCGCUCACUAGAUGACCAGCAGUGUAAGGAUAAACAUUUUACGAUGAAGAUCAACGGCAACAAGGAAUCGGUGGAGAGAACACAGCGCAGUUCAGAAGGAACUUUUGUUAUCAGGGGAGAAGGAGCUGUAGUCCGACUUGAACGGGCCGAAGUCGAGGGCAAUAUUAUGAUUCACACUGGGAAGUGUGAUGAUGAAUUCAUCUGGACUGCAUCAAAACAGACACUACAGCUUACCUCAGUGCAAGAAGUGGAGGAGGUAUUCUCAAUCUCAUACGAGGCAGAGAGAAGAGCGCUAAGCUUCAGUGUUGCGGAAGGACCACGUUCUACCAUUAAGGAAAAGCUUCUAGGGCUCUCCCCAGCCGCUCAGCAAGUCGAAGAUAAUAUGGCAGGAGUUGUGGAAGACCUGUCAAUAAUAAGAAGAAACAUGAAAGGAGAAGAUGCGCCAGAAUUUUUGAAAGUAUUCCAGCGACUGGUGGAGCGUAUGACGAUCUUAUCAUGGACUGAGAUACAAGACAUUAUCUCACGACUAGCAGUCUCUACGAGAGAUAAAUAUAUCAUCUAUCAAGCAGUCAUUACCAGCGGAAGAGACGAAGUACUGAUUCCUAUCUUGGAACAAAUGAAGAACGACCAAAGUUCAGAGUAUUUGCUUCAGUUCCUGCUCUUACAGUCACCUCUCACCCCUGUUAGAAACCCUGCUCUUCUUCCUGCUAUGCUGGAAGUGGUGACGAAAAUAGGAGAUAAUCCGAACGCGGCUCUCUCGCUUCUCAACAUAGCGAAGCUAGCCAAUCGUUACUGCCUCAACUCGGAGACGGGGAACCUUUGUGAUCCAGGCUGUGACACUGAUUUCAUUCUCACUGAGUUCCUCCCAAUGCUUUCCCGGAAUCUUUAUGAUCACGAGAAAUGGAAAAGAAUCGUAAUGGUACAGGCAGUAUGUGCUCUCGGGUCACCUUACUCCAUCCCGUACUUGCAGCCCAUUAUUCAGGGGGCUAACAAUGAAGAUAUUGAUGAAAGGAUCAACGCUAUCUCUUGUCUAACAAAUGAUCAUCUGCCGAAGACAGCAAUAGAAAUGGUAUUCGAUUCCUUGAUGCCCCUGAUGAAGAAUCCUACAGAGUUCCCUGAGAUUCGCAGCAUGGCCUUCAUCGUGUUAACUACCUGGGAACCAAGUUUGUCCUGGUGGGAGGAAGUGGCAAUCUCUACAUGGAAGGAAAAAUCUCCUCAGGUGGUUUCUGUAAUCUCAAGUACCCUCAUCACCCUAAGCGAAGGGAGUGAUUCUCGAUCAAAAAGUGCCAAGAAAGUGGUUCACCUUGCGAAGCAUCCACAUGAUUCUGAGGGAGAACCUAUUAAUAAAUCCGUCUAUCUCUACAUGGACGAGUUUACAAGAAACUGCCAGGUGCGACCUAAAAUGAAGUUGGCAUGGCUGAUUUCUACAAAAUCCAUCUUCCCGAGUAGUAUAUAUUGGCAGCUACAGAUUGUUACUACGAUGGGAACCAUCCAAGAAGAAAAGGGUCUUAUAUUCACCAACAUAUUACAAGGUGCUUAUAAGAAUAUUCAUACAGAAAUUCAUUCACGGAAGGAGAAUUAUGAAGAUCAGGAGGUCUUCAAUGAAAUAUACGCGGAAUUGACUGAGGAGCUGGAGUUAGUCCUCGAUAAUAACGAAGAAGAACAACAUUUCCUAUUUGGAUUGCUUCUGGAACCACUGUCUCUCCUAGGUGUAUCUGAUUUAUGGUACACCGGCGGCAAUAUAUUGUGGAUCUUGAUGGAACACACUGAAGACAGGCUUCCUGUUCACCUCCGCAUGGCAGAGUUGAUGCUUGCAUUUCCUUCGGAUCUGGGUCUACCUAUCGUGGUAAAGCACGAAGAGGACAUCGCCUUCAUGCUUAGUGUGACUGGCGAAAGAAAAGAAACAGUAGAGGCAAAUUACAAUCACCGCAAUGUUCUGAAGGCGAACACACUCGUGCCUUGGUCGCAUGGGAUGGCUGUUGGAGUUGGCUUUGAGACCAGUUUCGAUGUCAACGUGAUGCUGACGGUGAACUUGAAUAUAAGAGAUGGUAGAAAAGUCGUAGUUUUGACCAUAUCACCUGAACAGAAGGCGAAAAUUAUAUCCUUAUCAAAUGUCAUGUACACAAGUAUGACGAAACUUUACCAUGUCGUCGACUCUGUUCUUACAUCUGAAGAAGCUGACUCCACUACCCUUGGAAGGAGAGUCAUCUGGAAUAGGAGGCCGAAAGAGGGCACAGACCUUUUGCUGCCGGACACUGGUCUUCACCUCAAGUUACGGUGGACAUGUGACUUGGAGCAUUCUAGUUACUUUACCAAAGUUAUCAAGAAAGUGUUUCUUAUGCAGACAAUAUACCAGAACUUUGAGUACAUGUUACUGGUGGACCUGGAAAACUCUCGUACGAAGAGUGUUACUUUCACAUUUAGCUUUGACAAAAAGGAAAGAGAUGACGGAUUUCCCGAGCAGGUGACUGAUUACGAUGGUCAGAUUACGCAAGAUCUAAGCGAUCUCGACUUAUUUUCUCAAGUACCUCAGUCCCCGUCACAGACUUCUGGAUUUGACGAUUUCGGAGAAGGUGCUAAUGAGGCAGUCUUUGAUCGGCAACAGCAGCACAGUUCGAGUUUCAACAACUAUGUGGGAAGAAUGCAAGAAAUGAUAAUGCCUAGUGGUACGUUGUAUACAGCAAUCAUGACUGUUGAGCCAGAAAACUCCACUAAAAAAUACGACGUUGCUGUAACUUUGGCCUCUACCGAAGGAAAUGUUGAUGAGAAAGGUUCUAAGAAGAUACACGUUGUUUUCAUGGAAAGUCCAACACAGGGAUCUCUCGGCGAUACGCACAUGACUUGCCUUGACGUAAAAGUGGAAACUCCAUUUGUGUUGCCAUUGGUGCCCAAAGAACUUCUCUCUGAUACGGAUCUCACAGCAACUUUUCUCGUGAGCUUGUACGCCGGUGGUCACUGUGAUGGACCGGCUGUAAUGAAGAUGCAGGGUAUGUUCGGAGUAAGUCCUGCAGCCGUGCAAAAUAUCCAGUCAACGGAGGAGGACACUUGUGUCGGAGACUUUUUGAUGAAAGGUCGGCUAACGUAUGACCAAGUAAUCGCUGCAGUAACAUGGACACAGGAUUUCAGGCAUUUGUUUAAAGCUGUUGAAGCUCUCACCUUAAAUCAACUACAGUCUCUUUCAACUGCUAAUGUGAAGAGUGAAGGUGACCGACCAGGCAACGAGCUCAUCGUGCAAGCUGUUUUGAAAGAGGAGGAGUGGAAUGUCACAGUAACCCGUCCUGAAGUGACUUCAGUGUUCCUCGUGCCUGACGUACUGUAUUUAUCACCCUACGAUACUUUCGAUUCUUUUGAAAAAGUCUGCCAUGUAACCAGUGAUUCGGUGCAGACUUAUGACGGGCUUACCUAUGCAUUCCAAGGACCUUCUUGUUGGGUAACUGCCACAAUAUACUCAGAUUCAAAAUUAGAUAUGGUAAGUAAUGAAGCCUACAACGAUCUUCAAAUAGCUGUCCAGGUUCGCUUCACCGACCAAUGGGAAGUGCGCCUAACUGCACCUUCAUACGCAGCGGUUAUCGACGUAACACGAUCAGAUAUCUUGGUAAAUGACGAACCCCUGAUCGGUUACAACGAGAAAUUCGUCGUGCAUCGCCUGCAGAAUAGUAUGAUGAUUAAGAUCGGAAUGGUCUUAAUUCGUGUGGGAGACACAGUCGAUAUGAUGGUAUCUGACCUUUAUUACGGAGCAGUGAGGGGAAUCUGUGGAAACUACGAUGGAGAACCACUGAAUGAUAUGAUGGGUCCCACAGGCUGCCUCUAUUCAGAUCCUGCCCUAUACACCCUCGCCUGGAGUACCAGUGCUCGUACAGAUUGCAGAAGGUUUACCCUUCGUAACGAGAAGAGAGUUUUGUCGGGAUACCGUGAGGAAUGUAACAGAGCCAUUUUCCAGCCUACAGGUCUUUCUCAGGAAAACGUGAUGAAAAACUGCACGGAUUGGAAGUACGAAGAGCGCCAAAUAAUUAAUGGACUUUCCUGCAAGUCGAAGGUUCCUCAUCCAGCGUGUCAGGCGGGUUGCCACCAGGGCAGUAUCUCAACAAAACAACUUGGAUACAGUUGCCGGAUGCCAUCUCUUAGGGAAGAAAAUGUGCAAUAUGGUGAAAACUUUAUGUGCUCCAGCACCGUCUCCCCGAUUGUUUAUUCCACUGCCUGCUCCAGUUUGUAAUCAAGAGAGCCGAAGAUGAUUUAUUUGUUGCUUUACCCGCCACUGUUUUCUGUAUCCCUGACGUUAUUCUUAACUUAGUGCGGCUGAAUUCCGUCUGUAGUUUUCAAAGCACUCCAAGGAAGCACUCACCUGUCUUUUUUUUUUUUUUCUGUCUUCCUUUUCCCUUCACUUUACAAUUUAAUUGCAUUCACAGAUGCUUACUACACUGUUCGUCAGUGAAAUUUUAAUAAAAUGUAUAAUAUAAUAUA